CGAAGUAGUUUCUCACAACCGCUAGAAAGAAGCUUCUGGAAAAGCGGAGCGAGCAAAGGCUCUACGCGUCCAAGGCUGUGUACGCUGUUUACUCUUGGAUUUUGGGCCAAUUUUUCUUGUCUUGGAACUCAUUCAUUGCACUUCAACGCUGAGCGAGGUAAAAGCUGUUGCUUUAUAUUAUUGGAGAUGGUAGAAACUAGAAAGGGAAACAAAACAUACGAAGCCAAUGUGACAAUCUUAGCUGUUGUGAUUAGUGACCUCAAGCAUGUCUUAUGCUGCAUCCUGGAAGUGUGUUAAUAUUUUGUACUCAGAAUGAGGGAAAGAAGCUACAGCUAUAGUCCCUCGCCCCCAAGGGGUUAUGGGAGAAGAGGGCGGAGCCCAAGCCCUAGAGGUAGAUACUAUGGAGGUCGUGGUAGAGAUCUUCCAACCAGUCUGUUGGUUAGAAAUCUUCGUCGAGACUGCAGAGCUGAGGAUCUCCGUAGGCCUUUUGGGCAGUUUGGCCGUCUUAAAGACAUAUACUUGCCUCGAGAUUAUUACACUGGGGAGCCCCGUGGAUUUGGGUUUAUUCAGUUUUAUGAACCGGAGGAUGCUGCUGAAGCUAAGUACCAAAUGGAUGGGCAGAUACUUCUUGGCAGGGAACUAACUGUUGUAUUUGCAGAAGAGAACAGGAAGAAGCCAUCGGAGAUGAGGGCAAGAGAGAGAACAACAAGGGGUCGAACUCAUGAUUACAGACGCUCUCGUUCUCCUCGGUACUCCCGCUCAAGGUCUCCUCGACGGUCUCGCUCUCCCCCAAAAGCUAGAUCUCGGUCCCACAGCCGAAGCUAUCAUUCACCUUCUCCUCGAAGGAAGCAUCAGUCGAGAUCUGUUUCACCUCGAGAGAGGAAGUACCAGCAAGAGAGGUCAGAUUCUCGCUCUCCCGUGGACAGCAGAUCGAGGAGCAGGAGCCUUGCUGACGACUACCCGACGAGUAAGCCGUCCCAUAGAGAGAGGUCCCUAUCUGUCAGCCAGUGAAAGAUUAGCUUCUAGAUGUGUUGCGGCAAGCAUCAGUAGCAGCUCAGUUUCAGCAAGUUCAACUGGACAAAUCUGAUCGCUCUUUCCGAUUAUAAGAACCUUUCUUUUUUCCUCUCCGGGCAUUAAGAUGAUGUCUUUCAUUAGAAGAAUCCUGUGGCAGAGUGAUGGUGUACUGUUAGUAGUCGUGCUAUCCUGGUUGAAACUUUGUAAUGGGUUGAAACAGCAUUCUGAAUUUUCCUGAUGGAUUUGCUUCUUGCCUGUGUGAAUGCGUUGCCUGUUUUACCGAACAAGCGCAUGCAACUAAUUAAGGAGACAGCAUUUGGUAACC